AUGUUUCGAAUUCAAGUGGCUACUUCAUUUUUGGUUGACAAUCUUGGCAGCAGAACUCAUAAAUCUAUUUGCAUUGUGACCAGGAACUUGAGAAGUUCAAGCUGUCUUUUUCAAGAAGCUGCAAAAAAGGAGGCAAAAAAAGAAGCUCCAAUAUUAGGAACUCCUUACACUAAAUUGACAAUUGGUGUUCCAAAAGAAAUCUUUCCAAAUGAAAGAAGAGUUGCUUUGGCUCCAGCUACAGUUCAAACACUAACCAAAAAAGGAUUCACUGUCAAAGUUGAAGAAAAUUGUGGACUUCUUGCAAGUUUUAAUAAUGCUGAUUAUGAGCAAGCAGGUGCCAAAAUUGUGAAAACCACAGCUGUUGAGGAAGUUUUUGGUUCUAACCUACUGUUGAAAGUUAGAGCUCCCACUAUUGCUGAGGCCAAUAAGCUACAGGCAGGCAACACACUUCUCAGUUUCUUGUAUCCUGCACAAAACAAGGAACUCAUCGACCUUUUAGUGAAGAAGAAUGUCACUGCAUUUGCCAUGGACUGUGUUCCAAGGAUAUCAAGAGCCCAAGUUUUUGAUGCUCUCAGUUCUAUGGCCAACAUCUCUGGAUACAAGGCUGUUUUGUUGGCAGCAAAUCAUUUUGGCAGAUUUUUUACUGGCCAGAUAACAGCAGCAGGCAAGGUACCUCCAGCAAAAGUGUUGGUCAUCGGAGGUGGUGUUGCUGGUUUGUCAGCUAUUGGGACAGCCAAAAAUUUGGGAGCUAUAGUUCGAGUGUUUGAUACAAGAGAGGCAGUUAGAGAACAAGCAAAAAGUAUGGGGGCUGAGUUUCUGGAAGUCAGUGUUAAGGAAUCAGGUGAGGGAGGAGGUGGGUAUGCCAAAGUGAUGUCCAAGGAAUUCAUUGAGGCCGAGAUGGCUCUGUUUGCCAAGCAAGCGAAGGAGGUCGACAUCAUCAUCACCACUGCUCUCAUUCCUGGCAAGAAGGCGCCUAUUCUCAUCACAAAGCAAAUGAUCGAAUCAAUGAAACCUGGCUCUGUGGUUGUUGAUUUGGCAGCAGAGGCAGGUGGCAACAUCGAGACCAUUACACCAGGACAGCUAACAGUUCAUCAUGGAGUGACUCACAUUGGAUACACUGACCUUCCAAGUCGUCUGCCCACCCAAUCAAGCACCCUCUACGCCAACAACAUUUCCAAACUACUGCUCUCUUUUGGUCAGAAGGAUCACUACUAUGUCGACCUGAAAGAUGAUGUCAUUCGAGGGUCUAUUGUCUCACACCAGGGUCAGUUGCUGUGGCCUCCACCAGUGAUCGUUGAUCCAUCUCCCCCUGCUGCCAAGAAACCAGCCGAGGUGGUCAAGAAGGAGGAAGCACCCCCCAACUAUUUCAUGAACACGCUGAAGGAAUCGUUCAUGUACACUGCUGGUCUUGGUGGCAUCUUGGGUCUUGGAUGUGUUUCACCCAAUCCUGCAUUCACAACAAUGGUCACAACAUUCGGAUUGGCUGGCAUUGUUGGCUACCACACGGUUUGGGGAGUUACUCCAGCCCUCCACUCCCCUCUGAUGUCUGUCACCAAUGCAAUUUCGGGUAUAACAGCAGUAGGUGGGAUGAUUUUGAUGGGUGGUGGAUAUUACCCCACAAAUACCAUUGAAGCUCUUGCAGCUACAGCCGCUUUCAUAUCAUGCAUCAACAUCGGUGGUGGCUUCCUCGUCACGCAGAGGAUGCUGGACAUGUUCAAGAGGCCAGAGGACCCUCCCGAGCACAAAUACCUCUUUCUCAUUCCUGCCACUGCAUUUAUUGGUGGAUAUGGACUGGCCACUCAAGGAAACUAUCCAGAUGUCCAUCAGAUGACCUACCUGGCUGCCUCCCUCUGUUGUGUGGGGGCACUCUCUGGACUCUCUUCUCAGAAGACUGCUAGGCUGGGUAAUGUGCUGGGAAUGAUUGGUGUUUCUUCAGGUCUCGCAGCCACGCUUGGCAUCAUGAAGCCAACCAAUGAAGUGCUCACUCAGAUGAUUGCUUGCAUGGGAAGUGGAGCUCUAAUUGGAACAGUGAUGGCCAAAAGAAUGGAGGUGACGGACUUGCCACAGAUGGUUGCUCUGUUCCACAGCUUGGUCGGAGCAGCAGCAGUUAUCACUUGCCUGGCCAACUACAUGGCCGAACAACCUCACUUCGACACCGACCCUGCUGCCAACGUCACAAAGACUGCCCUCUUCCUUGGUACAUACAUUGGUGGAGUCACUUUCACUGGAUCGCUUGUCGCAUUCGGAAAACUCCAAGGUCUCUUGGACUCUUCUCCACUACUUCUCCCUGGUCGCCAUCCCUUGAACGCAAGUCUGGGACUGGCCAACGUAGCUGCCAUGGGAUACUUCAUGAUGACCAAUGACAUGAACACGGGUUUGUACAUGCUGGGUGCUACAUCGUCCCUGUCGGCUGUUAUGGGAGUUACACUGACCAUGGCUAUUGGAGGUGCAGACAUGCCGGUAGUGAUAACAGUGUUGAACAGCUACUCAGGUUGGGCUCUGUGUGCCGAAGGUUUCAUGUUGAACAACAACCUGAUGACUGUUGUUGGUGCUCUCAUUGGAUCAUCUGGUGCCAUCCUCUCCUACAUCAUGUGCAAGGCUGGUUACGCAAUGAACAGAAGCCUUCCGAACGUCAUUCUUGGUGGGUAUGGAACAUCAUCAUAUGCAGGCGGUCAGGCAAUGAAGAUUGAAGGAGUGCACAAGGAGAUCAAGGUCAAUGAAACUGUCGAGCUGAUCAAUGAAGCAAACAACAUCCUCAUCGUUCCUGGCUAUGGCUUGUGUGUUGCAAAAGCCCAGUAUCCCAUUGCUGAGUUGGUUCAGUUGCUGAGAUCCAAGGGAAAGAAUGUCAAGUUUGGCAUCCACCCUGUUGCAGGUCGUAUGCCAGGUCAGUUGAAUGUUCUGCUGGCAGAAGCAGGAGUGCCGUAUGACAUCGUGCAUGAGAUGGACGAGGUCAACCCUGAAAUAAACAACAUCGACUUGACGCUCGUCAUCGGAGCCAACGACACCGUCAACUCUGCUGCCGAGGAAGACCCCAACUCCAUCAUCGCUGGAAUGCCCGUCAUUAGAGUAUGGCUGUCCAAGCAGGUGAUUGUAAUGAAGAGAACGCUAGGGGUUGGGUUUGCUGCAGUUGACAAUCCCGUCUUUUUCAAGAACAACACCUGGAUGUUGUUGGGUGACGCCAAGAAAACAUGCGACGCCCUACUGGCCAGCACCAAAGCAACAGUUGCCGCCUAA